GGGAGCUGUGCUGUGACGGGCUGGGGGAGAGUCUCUGAAGCUGAACCUGCUCAGAUCGCGCUCCACACCUUUCACACCAGCUCGUUAAUGUAAAUCUGCAGCUCUUCGAGAUUUCUUUAUCCUAAGUUUUUUUUUUUUUCUGGACACAGUUGUUUAGUUUUGUGGAGUUUAGCUUUCAGCUUGUCUUGAAUCUGCAUUAUAUUGGAUUCAGAAGAGCACGACUUUCUCUGUUAAGGUGUUACCAGGUGAUGAGCUCACUGCUGCUGUCCAGCUCCAACAUGAAGGAUCGUGACUCUCUGAGCCUCCUGCACUAUCCCAGCUCUGGCAAAACCAGCCCACAGUUCCCCCCUCCAAACAUGCAUGCUACCUCCCCCAGCCUGGGCAAACCCCAACCCUUUUGCCUGCAGUCCAGUCAGCACCUCAUAGCCUCCAUGCAGCUGCAGAAGUUGAACAGCCACUACCAGAGCCUGGCAGGCUCUUCUGGAGUUCCCAGUGGACCGAACAGAGGGUUUGGACCUGCUUCUCUGAGUCCAGCACAGAUCACGGCCACUUCGAUGGCUCAGGGUCCAGGGAUCAUAGAUUCGGAUCCAGUGGAUGAGGAGGUUCUGAUGUCUCUUGUGGUGGAGCUGGGUUUGGACAGAGCUAAUGAGCUUCCAGAGCUGUGGCUGGGCCAGAACGAAUUUGACUUUAUAUCAGACGUACCUGCUGGGUGCUGACUCCCUGAGGCAACCACUGCUUCACUUUUCCAUUGUCUCCCUUUUGCGCUAGAGGCGCUAUUGGAUGGCUUGUAUAGAUGGAUUUUUGUUUUUCCAUGUGAAAUUUAGACUCCCUAUAGAAAGUCUAAGCUGCAAAGGUCCA